UCAAACCAAGCCAAACUAAUUCUCGUAUCUGCAUGAGCUACACUGGUCAGUGGUCGCUGCACGCUCCCUGAUCAGCUACGCCCAUGCAUCUACUCAGCGGCUGCGUCGUCGCCACGGCCGUCGUGCUCGUCCUCAUCAGCCUCGGCGCCGCGCCACCGGCGGCCGUCGACGCGGCGACGGCCACGUUCAUCUACGCGGGCUGCUCGCCGUCCAAGUACGAGCCCAACACCGCAUUCCAGAGCAACCUCAACUCGCUCCUCUCCUCCAUCGCCUCCACCGCGUCCUCGGGCGCCGCCUACAACAGCUUCACCGCCGGCGGUGGCGCCGGGCCGGACCCGGCGGCCGGCACGGCCGCGUACGGGCUGUACCAGUGCCGCGGCGACCUGAGCCCCGGCGACUGCGUGGCGUGCGUGCGGCAGACGGUGGCGCGGCUGGGCGCCGUGUGCGCCAACGCGUACGCCGCGUCGCUGCAGGUGGACGGCUGCUACGUGCGGUACGACGCCGCGGACUUCAUCGGCCGCGCCGACACCACCACGGCGUACCGCAAGUGCAGCUCCAGCACGAGCCGCGACGGCGCGUUCCUGAGCAGCCGCGACGGCGUCCUCGGGGAGCUGCAGGCGGCGGCCGGGUACAAGCUGAGCACCUCCGGCACGGUGCAGGGGGUGGCGCAGUGCCUCGGCGACGUCCCGGCGAACGACUGCACCGCCUGCCUGGCCGAGGCAGUGGGGCAGCUCAAGGGCGCGUGCGGCACGGCGCUCGCCGCCGACGUCUACCUGGCGCAGUGCUACGUCAGAUACUGGGCAAAUGGUUACUACUUCCGCCCUAAUUCAGAUAACUCUGGAGACGAUGUUGGGAGGACUGUGGCGAUAAUAAUCGGUAUCUUGGCUGGACUGGCACUCCUCGUGGUGUUUAUUUCUUUCCUCAGGAAAGCAUGUUAGCAGCUGUCGGCGUAGCCAGCUUGGGUUGAGGACGUGAACAACAGGCGAUCGAACUCCAUUCACGGCAUCGCAUUCAUUUUGUUAGUUAUAGCAGAGAUUCACUGAUGCUCUACUUGCCUGAGAUGCACUGUCUUGUUUCAGUCGGUCUGCAGUCUGCAAAGAAAAAGAGGUUGAUCUGCGUGUAACGUACCAUUUGUUUGGGUUGCACUGAAGAUUGGAGUAUUGAACUGCAACGGCAGUUCUCUCCUCACUGCCGAGUUCAGCUACAACUUACUCCAUCCGUCCCAAAAUAAGUGCAGUUUUAGCACUGUUCAUGUCCAACGUUUGACCGUUCGUCUUAUUUGAAAAAAGAUUAUAAUUAGUAUUUUUAUUGUUAUUAGAUGAUAAAACAUGAAUAGUACUUUAUGUGUGACUAAUUUUUUUAAUAUUUUUUAUAAAUUUUUUAAAUAAGACUGAUGGUCAAAACGCUGAGCACACAUAUCUGACUGCAUUUAUUUUGGGACAGGGUAGCACUUUCGUACCUACACAAUUCACAUCUUGCUUGCUGCGCUGGAGAUUGAAACAAUACACGUAACGUACGGCCGCGUUGCCAGCCCACUACAAAUCACCAUGGCCCCGUGCCCUGGCCCACAUAAAUCCUGUUCUCGACCAACUAGAAUGGGCCUCAGGUAAGUCGCAAUUCGUUCCCAGCCCACUACAAAUGGCCCAACGCAAUCCUAACCAUGCAGGGAAUAAGUCCACUUUAACUCCCUUAACAGUGACCCGAAUUUAAUCCAUGACUCUCAACCGUAAAACCAGAUAGGAAGUCUAUCCGGUUAAAGUGCACUUUCUAUCUAGUUUUACAGUUGAGAGUCAUGUAUUAGAUUUAGGUCAUUUUUAAGGGAGUCAAAGUAGACUUGUUCCAACCAUGCAGUCCCCCGAGACGGGAGAAAGGAGCAGCCGGACUCGGUCCACUAAAAGAAGGGUUAACUGGAUCGAGCGCAUCUCAAGCAAGCAGAGCGCCUCCUCUUGCCGUCCUUCGUCCAGGAGGACUUCAGCUGCCGCAGCAGCAGUGGCGCAGGUAGGGAGGUGCCAAAGGGUGCCAACACCCUCCUAUCUAAACACUAUCACCAUUACACCCCUAUGUUUUUACUCUAUAUUAAGUUAGCUAAGAUAAGUAUUUAUCUAGUUUAUUUUGUAUAGUUUGAAAGUAUUAUCAGUUUAGUUAGUUAGCAAGUCUAAAAAUAUUAGCAAAAAACAUGAUAUACAAAAUUAGUUUGUGAUUUAUCAUCUUUUUCAAAGUAAAAUAAAUGAUACUUAUUUGUAAGAUUAUUUAAUAGUUUACAUUAAAAGAAUUUAGCAAAAAAGACUAGUUUCAAACUUUCAAUGAUAUUAUUAAAGAGCUAAAAUUCAAGUUUUUCUUAAAGAGCUACGUAUUGCUUAUUAUUGACGGUGACUAUUUAACCUACUUUACUAUGUAAAAACUCUCUUUAUAUAAAAGCUGGGCCAUCUGGCCUUCUAUCAAAAAAAAAAAGUUCCAGAAAUCAUUCUCGUUGAAUCGUAGUAUAGCUCAAAUAUGAAUAGAGGUAGAAAUUAAUGACCAGAAUUUACUUUCCCAAUUAGCUAGUAAGAGCAUCUAUGAUAAAAUCCAUCAGCAUGAUAUAACAUGAAUGGAGGGGAAAUGUGACAUUAAAUUUUAUGAAGGAUAAAAAAGUGAUAUCAUGCAGAUCUAGCCAAUGGCUAGGCAGAUGAAGACAAACAGGAGCAUUGCCGUUUGCUAUACAGGAGGAAUGAGUACAACCAAUAAACUCAUCCCAAAGCCACCUGUUUCAACCUUGUGAGCCAAUGAGCUGAUCAGCUGAACAUGGGAAAAUGAGGGAAGAGAAGUACCUGAUUCAGCAAGAAGACCCCAUGGGAACAGAAAAAAGGUAUAGGCCAGGAAGACACGAAUGAAUGGGCUGCUUGUGUGCAAUGAAACAAUCUCACUGAAGGAGAAACAAUUGUGUCGGUUUGUGUCCAAUAAAUCAAGAUGAAGAUUGGCGAAUCCAGCUGUUGUGCUGCAACAAUUAGUUUCAUAGAAAAAGGGGAGGCUAAAAUGCCUGCUAAAAUGCUGCAUCGAACCGAAGCCACCAGAUGAGUUGGACAUGAUUACAUGAGCCCUUUUACAGAUGGAAACCGCGCUAACAGGGGAAAGGGAUUUGAUGGAUCUUUGUAUCUGGACCAGGAAGAAACGUUUUCGUGGGUAUGGAUGAACAACUUGUUAGUGCCAUUGCUACCAGGUAUACAUGUAUCCUGUAGGAUAGUAGUUGGACGUGGGUGUAGCCGCGUAGGCGAACAGAUUGAUUCGUUGUGUUGUUGCUUGUUUGUGGGAGCUCAGCAUGCAAGAAGAUCCUUUAAUAGCUGCCCUUCCAGUUCUUUUCCUCUUAUAUUCCUUGAGAAGUGGAAGAGGCUGUUGGUUUCGCAGAGGGAGAGACCGUAGGAUGGUGGAACCAUGGAAGAUGAACCAAAUGACAGUUUUUGAUCGAGCCAUCAAGGAGGAGGCGAAUCGAUGAGGGGAAGAGGACUCGACAACGCACGAUGGAGGAAGGAGGAAGAGGAAAGGUUCACUGGCUGGCCCAGGUGGGAAAAUUGGGCUGGGCUCAGCGAGCAAGAGAAAAGGUCUCGAGGAAGCAAUCUGCACCGUUAAGAACGUGAAUCCAACGGAUGGAAUUAAGUGGUGAUGUGGCUUAACCUCAAAGCAGGAAAUUGCUAAUAACUAUACUAAGUGGGGAUGAUUUGUAUAGGUAUAUAGGAUUCGGUCUAAUGGUUUAUCUUUACUCCACACCCUCUAAUCUCAAAUCUUGGCUUCGCCCCUGCGCAGCAGCCUCGUCGUUGUUGACAUUUCCGCCUUGCUGCCCACAAGUGCGCCCGAGGUUGACCUAAAGACGCACUGUCUGAAGAAGUUAGCACCCCCUCUGUCCCUUGUGUGCCUCUAGUGCUCCCGAUCUGGGACGCCAUGGCCCCAAUCCAGCCAUUGUGCCGCUGCCAGCCCUUAGAUUGGGCUUCGGAAAGCACCAUUUCGACGCCCAUAGCCAGGUGAAGGACUUCAUCGCCAUCAUCCUCCUCAAACUCACUCUCUCACCACCCUGAAAUGGUUCAGCUUGUCUUCGAGUGGUACAUGUUUCUCGUGCUUGCGCCCAACGACGAGGUGAUGAGGUGAUAGGGAGAGAGAAAGGGGAAGGAAGAAGAGGAUAGAGGAAGAAGACGAGAGUAAUUUGAUAAAAAAAAUCUAGAAAUUUCAGCGAAAGGGUAAAUAACGAUACAUCUCGAAGGCAUGUUAAGUUGUAAUGGCAUACUUCCAAUUUCUUAAAUAAUAAUGAUAUUUUUUCAAA